GAGAGAGGCACUAACGCCUCUACUCGUGCAGCAUUUGGGCACGCUAACUUCAUUUAGAUAGAGUGGGGAUGUAACUGCUUGCAAUUUCUUAUUUAUUGGCCGUAUUUGCAACUUAGAGGCUAAAUUAUUUUAAAUUCUAUCGCUAGGCUACAAUUACUCACAAGAGAAGAAUAAGAGAUAGCUGAUGCUUUAACAAGCUUGUAAAAAAUCAGAGAUAUCCGAAUUCCUGCAGCUUUUCCCAUUUUCUGUACAAUUUCCAUCCGAAACUGCGGGCAAUGGGACAACUAAUUUAAGGAUCUAACUCUUGUCCAUUGUGUCCAGAAUAGAGAUGACAACAACACAUCGUAGAAUACACAUGGCUUCUCAAGAAGAUCUUAAAACAAUGUACCGAGGAGUAGCGUUGAUGUUAGCCACUUGUGGCGCCCUCUGUCUAGGGCGCAGUUUAUCACUACCUGAUUAUACCGACGACCCCCUCGUCAUUCGGACUACCAAAGGAUUAGUGAGGGGAGUAACUUCUCGAUCAGCUACUGAUAAAUUAGUAGAUAUUUACUGGGGGAUUCCGUACGCUAAGCCUCCUAUAGGUGAAUACAGAUUUCGCCAUCCAAAGCCAUCAGAUCCUUGGACUGGUAUCUUUAAUGCUACAGAAAAGCCAAACAGUUGCUUUCAAAUCAGUGAUACGUUUUUCGGAAACUUUGCAGGUUCUAAAAUGUGGAAUCCUAACACUGCCUUGAGUGAGGAUUGCUUAAAGUUGAAUAUUUGGGUUCCUCGACCUCGACCGAAAAAUGCCGCAGUUUUGGUGUGGAUUUUUGGUGGUGGGUUCUACAGUGGGACUACAACAUUGGAUGUUUAUGACGCCAAGAUAUUUGCAUCCGAAGAAAAUAUAAUCAUUGUUUCCAUGAAUUACCGUGUAGCAUCACUUGGGUUCUUGUUUUUCGGUCGUCCAGAUUCUCCAGGUAACGCAGGCUUAUACGACCAAUUAAUGGCUUUGGAAUGGGUUCGGGACAACAUUGCUAAUUUUGGCGGUAAUCCACAAAAUGUCACUUUGUUUGGUGAAAGUGCAGGUGGCGUUAGUGUUGGGCUUCACUUAUUGUCCUCUUUAAGCAGAAAUUUAUUCAGUCAGGCCAUCAUGCAGAGUGGCUCUGCAACCUCACCCUGGGCUGUUCUUGACCAUAAAGAGCUAAUCACGCGUGGUUUGCGGCUUGCAGAAGCAGUAAAAUGCCCUCAUGAUCCAAAUGAUAUGGACCUCGUUAUAAAGUGUCUUCGAAAGAUUGAUCCGAUGACGUUAGUUAACAAUGAGUCUGGAAGUUUAGGCAUUGUAGACUUCCCCUUUGUGCCAGUCGUAGACGGCGCAUUCAUUGACGAACAUCCUUCAAAGUCUCUAGAAAUGAAAAACUUUAAGAAAACUAACAUCCUUAUGGGAAGCAACACAGAAGAGGGAACUUUUUGGAUCGUCUACUACUUAACAGAUCUUUUCAAGAAGGAAGAAAAUGUGUAUCUGACACGAAAAGACUUUAUAAACUCAGUAAAAGAACUUAAUCCAUACAUUGGUGAAGUUGGCCAAGAGGCUAUAAUCUUCCAAUACACCGAUUGGCUGGACCCUGAUGAUCCUAUAAAAAAUAGAGACGCAAUUGAUAAGAUAGUUGGUGAUUACCAUUUUACCUGCAGUGUGAAUGAAUUCGCCUAUCGCUACGCCGAAACUGGAAAUGAAGUAUACAUGUACUAUUUUACGCAUCGAUCUUCUGUUAAUCCGUGGCCUGAAUGGAUGGGCGUUAUGCAUGGAGAUGAAAUUCCUUUCGUUUUCGGGGAGCCGUUGAACCCAAGAAAGAAUUAUAAUGAGCAAGAAAAGAUCCUAGCUAAAAGAACUAUGAGGUACUGGGCCAACUUUGCUAAAACUGGAAAACCGAGUCAAGGUCCAGGUGAAAAAUGGGAGAAGAAAUAUUGGCCUGUAUACACCCCUUACGGUCGAGAAUACUUAACAUUAGACAUCAAUUCGACGAAAAUUGGUAGAGGUCCCCGAGCUGAGUACUGCGCCUUUUGGCAGCAAUAUCUACCUCAACUUGUGAAAAGAACCUCAACUCAAGACAACUCCAUUCCAGAGUGCAUCAGUAGUGGCGCCAACUCGUGGAUUAUUCUUUCGCUACAAAACUCUGUUCCUUUGCUCGUUACAGUUGUAGUUCAUAUAGAUGUCUUGUUCAAGAUCAAUAUUAUCUCAAAGACUUUCUCUUCCUAGAUCUUCUCUUUGUAAGAGAUGGUGGCAAUUAAAGCUAUUAUAUGUGUGUACUUCAUGAAUUCAUAAAUAUGACAGCAGGUAAUUCUCACAAAGCAGUAGUACAGCCCAUUUCCAAAUAUAUUGGAGAGGAAUUAAGCCAUAUAAAAUGUUUAUAUAACGAUAUAACCCAACAUUUAUAAUAUAAAAAUAUUACUGAAAAAAGUAUAAAAUAAUAAGUACAGUAAAAUGUUAAAAAUAACAAAAGAGUAUCUCGAUUUGUCUAAAAAUGUAUUAACUAUGCUAUUAUCAUCAGUGUAACGUUAGUAUAAUUUUAAUGUUUCUUAUUUUCAAAACGAGACCUAAAACUCGAACGCUUUCAACUAUUCGAAAGCGUUCGAGUUUUGAAAAUAUUACAACUUUUGUAGGUGAUCCUGUUACUUGGUAGUUGUAAUACGAUGAGUAUACAUCACAAUGUAAACUGUAAAAUUUUCUAUUUGUAUUUUAGUUUAGGUCCCAUAAUUUCUCAAUAGCUCAAUGUCUAUUAUGACUAAUUUUUAAUGUUAAUAACUGAAAGAUUUUAGAUUUAGUCAGUGAGAGAUGGGUUUCUUGAGCAAGAAUUUGUGAUCAUUGAUUCUGUCUGAUCACCAAAGUCGUCGUACUUAUUUCAAACUUUAAUUUUAAAUAUUAAAAUGAUAGACUCAAUGAGAACUAAAUAUUAUAUAACCUGUUAAAAUAGGACUUAGUCCGGAAUAUUUUCACUGAUUAAAAUUUAAUUUCCUGCAUUUGUGUGAAAAAAUGAUGUUAUAUUUACAUACAGUUUCAGACAGAAUCAACUGACACAUUAUAACAAACAGGUAUGGUGGAACCUAAAUAGAUUAAUACCAUCAAUAAUUGUCAUGAGGUUAUUUACACACAAUUUAUUAAAUGUACCAUAUGGCUAGCAUCCAAUCACUAUUAAGCCUAUUGUAUACAAUAAAUAGAUAAAUACGUUAUGUGAUAAGGUGAAUAUUCUCAGAUCUGCAGUUCAUUUUAUCUUUACACAAUAGCUGAUUUAGGGACUCUAAAAGUAACAUCUUAAACAUUAACUUACAAACAUUUAAAACUGUCAGUGUAAGUUUCGACACAGUAAUAUAAGAAGUAAUAUUGUAAUAUUCUAAAUUGAUAUGAUUUUUGUUAGUGUCUCUCAAUUUAGAAGUUAUGUGUUUCAGACUUUCUGACAUUUCUUUAAAGCACUCCACCAUCCCCGUUUCAAGAAAGUAAGUUGUUAAAGAGAACGAAAAUUUUUCAAGCUAGCUGUUUACGGACCGUCUCGGUUUGCAUCUUUUUAAGAUUUUGGCUACUAACUAAGUACCUGUUAUAGAUUGUUGAUAGACUGCAUGCUUCUAGAUGAUACCUGACGAGUCAUUACAAGACUACGCUAUUCUCCAGUUCCUUUCAAUAGAGAGUAUAUAAUAGUUAGUUUCAACGUCUAGAAUUGUGUUUGUUCUUCAUUAUUACUGUAGUCAUAGUGAUUUCUAUCAAAGUUUUGGGAAGUGCCCAAGACUCUAUACACACUUUUCUCAUGCCAGUAACUAAUUGAAUUAAGCACUUACGAUGUAAUAACUUAAAAAAUAAUGCUUCAAUAUUUUCAACUCAAGUCUUUAUGUUUUGCAAAGCCAUUUGACGAGUUAAUGACCUUAUUGUUGGUGUGAUACGUCUAACUAUCGAUUUUGUUUAAAGUUUUUAUAUAAACGCUAGUGUAAGUACUAUAUUUAGUUAAAUCAUUUCACUAAAAUUCUGUUUUCAGCAUUUCAUAGUAAACAAACGUUUACCAUGAUAGUAUGUGAAAUGUAUUACACUAAAAAAAAAUAUGUUAUUAUUUUUUCCAAAUAUCCCAUUCGUGCUUUUGAAAUUAAUUUCCAAUAUUUUAGAGAAUUAAAUGUGUACCUAAUGUCUGCGUGUCUAGCUGAAAAUUCUCUCUGUGUUUCAUGUUUGUCUUGUUUUUCAUGUGGUAACCUUGUGUUUAUUUUUUCAACGUUCACCCUGUAAGAGAUUUUAAAUUACUGUAGACUUUACUUGACAUACAUAUAAUGCGUGCAUGUCAAUGCUCCUGACAUCACUUUAAUUAGACGGGAGUUUCAUCAAAAUGACGGUGAAAUGGCGUGUUUUCCAACAUUGUAAAUAAUGAAAAGAAUGCCUCCAUAUUAAUUAAGAAAGUGUGUGUUAAUUAAAGAACAUUAGGUUCUUGGUUAAUAUGAAUAAUAAAAAAGGAAAUGAUAAAAAUAUGUCAAUUUAAACAAACACACAUAUUAAUUUAAAUCAUAAAUUGAUCAUUUUUAACAGUUUUCAACUCUAAUUAAAAGAAAAAUAUAAGUUAAAAGUUAGUUUUUAUGUUAAUUGAAAAACAAAAUGAAUAAGUUUAAAUCAACUCUGACAAUGAUUUAAAAAAGAAAUAUAUAAAAUUCUAAUUCGAAAAAUUGCAGUUUUCAAAUGAUUACCAAAAGUUGUUGUCUAAGACAAGAAUCUCUCCGAUAGCUCAACAGUAAGUCUGAGGGCUUAUAACGCUUAAAUUAGGUUUCGAUAACUGUGGUGUGCACAACAUAGAUAGUCCAUUGUGUAGCCUUGUGGUUAACAAGAAACAAAAAACAUAUUAGUUAAAAAAAAUAAUUUGUUGAAAUUACGUCCAAUUAAUUUUUAAAAAGAAAAUAGAUAAACUUAACUAGCUUCCAUAUUAAUUAAAAUUGUAAAUGGACAAACCUAAGUUGAUUCCCUAUUAAUUACAAAAAAUAACAAGUGUGGACUUACUGUAGUAUCCUCUAAGUAAGGGGAAAUAUUGUUUUAUUUAGGCAUGUUUCUAUUUUUAUAUUUAGCUAUGUAUAUACAGUUGUGAGAGAAAAUUUGUUUUAAAUAUUGUGUAUUAACUCAAAAUAAAAAUAACAUUUCAAUAAAUUUUACUGUUCACACGACUACGGCACAUAUAAUUGGUUGUAUUUAAAAACUUUAUAAUUUUACAAUAGUUUUUCUUGAAUAAUGGAAUAUCUUUAUGUGAGUUGAUUGGUGUAUUAAAUAUAUAUUAUUACUAGAGUCAAAACCAUAAUAAAGCAAAAGCAAUGUGUGCUUUAAAAAGCUUGUUUUAACGGUUAUUGUCAUAGUUUCAUGUCGUAGUAUAUAAACAUUUAAAUAUGCUUGCCAGAAAUGUCACUUUUUUAUGAUUUAGACCUUGCAAAAUUAUAAUAAAGUUACAUUUAGCUAGUGUAAUAAAGUAACACAUAAAUGUUUUUUGUUUCGAUUUUUUCAACGUAUAGAUUUCUCAAGUAAUAUUAUUGUGAGUUUUACUUAAGCAUCGUUUCAUAGGUAUGUUAAUUAUGAUACGUAAAAAGAUUCGUAAAUAUAAGUAUAAGUUAUAAUUUUUUAUGUAUGAAAAUGCUAUAUUCGUCUUUUAUGCAUGAAACUAUAUUUAUCUAUGCAUUAUAGUCAUGUGCGUAUUUAUGAAAAUACAGUGCAAUGACAAAAUUGCUUGAAUAAUCAUAUAAAUACAAUUAGUUUUCACAGUGAAAUAUACUGCUAUCAUUAGCAAAGAGUAAAGCAUAUAUUAAAAACUUAAGUAUACAAAUAAUUUUAGAAUCAGAUUUAAUAAUUAAUUUUUUCUUCUAACUCUGAAUUAAAUCUUUGUCACUGUAAAGUGUUACCAAAUUUAUACAUUAGUGUUUUCUUUCCGAUUUACUUGUCAUUACAAAUUAUCUUAGUGGUAAAUUCUAAACGAGGUGUUAUUGUUGUUGAAUGAUUACAGAAACUUAUAAAUCAUGUAUUGUAUGAUUUUUGGAAACGUAUAAUAAUAAAAAAGUGAAUAUCCCAA